AUGGCUGCGCGCUGCCGCCGGCGCAGGGUGGAGGGGCGGGGCCGGACCGCGGAGGGCGGGGAGAGGCGGGGCCGCUCGGCCCGGAGCCUCAGGGCCUGGUACCGCAGCCGGCUGGAGGACGGCUCGGAGCUUCGGGAGGGGGCGGUGGCGCGGCUGGUUCCGCUCAUCGGUCACCUCCCUUUCUUAAACGUUUGUGCUCGAGGAACUGUAUUAAAUUAACGUGAGAAAAGUACAUCAGCCUUCGUGGACUUUUAAGACGAUUCACACAGGCGCUUUUGGUGAGGAAGCUGCAGCUCAGCCCACAGCUGAGGAGCUCCAGAGCACAGUCCCAGCUUCCCUUAUUCAGCUUACCGAGUGUUCACCUGCAAGAGCACAACAGCACACUUCACUGUGAGAGACUUCACCUGGAAGAAUGUUUUUGAAGAGACACAUGAAGGUAGUUGGACGCCAUGGAUGUAGAACAAGCAUCUGCUAUUACCAGUACUCGGGGUACCUCAGCGUGGUAUCUUCUUAAUGGAGUCUCCAUUUAGAGGAAAGAACAGCUCCACUGCUGGGAAGAAAUGAGCUCAGGGACUUUGGAAAACAAAUUUGACUUUAUCUCUGUAACUCUUAAAAUAAGCCUGUUGGGAGCUUCACAGAUUUUUCUGCCACAAUGAAAACACAAUUGUAAAGAAAAGACUGUACAGUGCAAAGGAAUAUUAUGGAGAAGAGAAUGAUUUCUGCUUGUUUCAGAACUAUCGCCUCUCUAGGGAAAAUCAACAGCUCUGAAAUGCAGCCAUUCCUGCAACCAAUUCCUCUCCAGUUUUUGGUGCUGUUUUAGGAACUUGUGCCUCGAUUAAAAACUGCCUACAUGAAAAGCUGGCAAAAGCUCUCCCUAUCCCACCUGUUCUUUCUGUUACUGUUUUCAUCUUAAGUUUGUGUAUGUAGCUUACAUUUGGCAGUUAAGUUUUGGGAUCACUGUUUCAAAGUGAAACUCAGCUUCAGUGUGUCAACUCAAUCUUGAUCAGCCAUAGCUUUUUAAAGAGUCAGUUUAAAGUAAGGUAGCCACUGUCUCAAAACCAAGUACAUUUGUGAUGUGCAGGAUUCUUAGUAAACAGCAGCACAAACUGGGAAAAGCUGAAAGGGUCAGCUUGUCUGGAGGCAGCAAGUUCACAUAUCAGCCAUACCUUUGAGUUCAGCGAAGUGGUUGCGCUGUUUAGCAGGGUUUCUCUGUCGCUCAGUUCAACUGGCUGUGCCAUGUUGGUCAAUACUUCAAUACCUUUCUCUAAAGCUUUCUGGAAUGACUCUGAGAUGAUGGUGGGGUGAAUUCCUGCGAAUAAUACAGAAGGUUGUUAGGUCAUCCAUGCAAACCAGUCGUCUUUUCCCCUCUCUCCAAACCAGUCCUAUUACUUGACUACAGAAUUACCAGCUUCAAGUUUAGUUUAUCAUCAUCUUAAUUCUCUGUCCAUAAGAAGUAUAACCUAGGUGAGUUUUUAUAAGGCAAUAUUUACCAUCUCAUUUAGUUACUGUUUUCAGUAUUGAUGAUGAUGCAGUCAGCUCAAAAUGAAAGACUUAGCAGUGAGAAUCUUAAUCAGAAGUGGGACGUGAGCAAAGCCUCAAGUUACCUUUUCGUGUUUAGGGUAGUUAACAGCUACUUUAAGCUUUGUGAUACACACAAAGCUGUAUGCAGUACCUACCAGCUUUCAUAGCUAAGACUUUCAUAUAUAGUACGUAUCAUAUCUAUCUAUCUAUAUAAAAUAAAUAUGCUUGCCUUUCUGAAGAAGUCUGGAACAGGCAUCCAGAAGAGCUCCGGCAAUGACAACAACAGACGUAGUACCAUCCCCAGCUUCAAUAUCUUGUGCUUUUGACAGCUCUACCAACUAAAUGAUGAGGUAUAGAAGAGUUUAAAUAUAAUGCCACUUCACUGAAAACUCAAUUACAAAAAAGAUACUAAAGAACACAGCACUACCAGAAUUACCCACAACACCAGGACUCACCUUUUCUAAUUUGCAGCUUCUCAUAGGUGUAUACAUAUUUGGCUGAAGCAAUAACAAAAGCCUCCAACAAAAUAAAAGCCAUACAAGUCAAGCAGCUUUUCUCCCAAGCUAACAGCUGAUCUCACCCAUAGAACAGGUGAAUCUUUCCCCUUUCCUUCAGAAGGGUCCCAGGUCGCACAUUUCCAUCUCCAGCCACAACCCAAUCAAAGAGGGGGCUACGUAACUUUUCGUAAGACCGGACUACUGUAUCCCAUGAUCACCAGACCAUAAUGUAAUUUAUUUGCUUCUUUGCCUCUCUUUUGUCCUACUGGUUUGGGACAUCGCCAACUUUUCUUUCUCAGAUAAGAGAAGAUUCGGGCCAAAAUCAUUUAUAUCUUGAAACGUAUCCAGAAAAGAUUAUUCCUAAGCAGUAAGAAAUAAAGACCUGGAAUUCUUUAACACACCUUACAAUCAAUGUAAGUAGACCUGAAGCACUCAGCAGAAAGUCUCUUGCUCUAUCACUAAUGAGUUAACGCUCCUUAAAUCCACACGAGACAUUACAGUCAAUGUUCUUUUGUCCCAGAAAUGAACCUCUGACACGUAUCAUCGUGCAAGCAAUGGAAGACUUUACCAUUUUGGCCGCAGGGUGCAAAACCUGCAUUUGUUUCAGGAUAGUAGCACCAUCGUUAGUGAUUGUCACAUCUCCUUUAGCAUCCUGAAUCUGAGGAGGAAGAGGAGAAACAACACUACAAAUGUUUCUUGGUGUUCAGUGUCACAGCUGGACAAAUAACCCCAUCAGGAAAACUGAGGUAAGUAUUUAAUCUACGCUUUACGACAAAUAAACAGCAUUUGGGCAUAAAAACAAAGAGUACUUUUCAAGCUUGGAGAAGCAGCUUAAACCCAAACGGCACAUCCGCUUGGUUUAUACAGGACAUUACAGUCUCUGCAGCAAUCUCACUGCUUUUGUAUUUCAAGGAAAGGUUUACCAUUUUAUCCAUUCCUUUUGGUCCAAGGCUCGUCCUGAUAGCAUCAGCGACAGCUGCAAAGAGAAGAACGGCGUUUGUAAGCUGAUCUCAAGAGCUACAGCCACUCAUACACGACUCUGAACAGCUUCUCCCACGACGAAGCAGCUCCCGCCUCAUUUUACCAGCAUCGAGCCAUUCCCAGGAGCGGCACGGUAACAAUAAAACACGGCAAUUGUUACAGCUUUUCUCUAACGCGGUUAGAACCGCCCCGCUUUAACGCAGUAGGAGCAAACGGUGCGUGCCCGUAACACGGCCAGGGCUCGCACGGGCCGCCCGGCGCAGCCUCCUACAGCCGCCCCCCCCCGCGGGUUUCUCCCCCCGAGGCGCCACGGCCGGGGAGGCGCCGGGAACGCUCCGGCACGCAGCGCUGAGGCCCCGCCGGCCCUCACCUUUGCCGGCGGAGAUGUUGCUGAAGCGGAUCUGGGAGGGCUUGUCCCGGUCCUGGUACGUGCCCUUGGCCCGAUUCCCGGCGCCUCCGUGGGCUUUGGGUCCCGCGUUCUCCGGCAUCGUCGCUCGCCGCCGACAGGCGCCCGGUGGGAGCGGAUGGAAGCGGAUGAGCGCCGCUCACGGAACCGCGAACCUUCCAGAAGACGCCGCCACAACCCCCUGGGCGCGCCCGGGUCCUGUCAGCCGGCGCCACGCGUGACGUCACGCCGUGAGGUGUCCGCGCCGCGCCUGCGCGCUGGUAGCGAAGAACUGCCUCCUGCAGGCGAGCUGCGCGGACACCUAAAGGCGCCCUCUGGUGCUUCCAGAACGGGCCGGGCGGGGUCCUGGCCGCACUGCUCUUGGGUGCGAGCGUGAGAGGGAAGAGCCUUUGUCUUUUUGUGUUCCAUUUUUGAUGGCUAAGAGAACAAUGUAAGAGGAGAGACGUAUCCAGGCCGUGGGCAGAGGGUGUGUAAUAGCAAUAGUGUUGGCCUGGGUCGGCAUCGCCUUCAUCGUCGUCACAGAUGAAUCCUAAAUGACCGACGUGGUUGGGGUCUGUAGCUGAUAGUAAAGUGCUACAAGCUGUGAUAGCUACAGCGCUAAGCCCAGGCCUGGCGAACAUUACCACAGUGAUAAAGUGUGCUGCACAACAGGAAGGCUUGGAAGGCGGUGCUGAGGUAACGUGUGAACCAGAUCUGUCUUGGCAAGCAAGAUUCUGAGCCCUCAGAGGCGUCCUCGUUUCUACCUCCGGAUGGAUGCAUUCUUUUUGGAGAUGACUGCAGAGGAGCACGUCUGUGCCAGUGCAGUGCUUGCUGAGCAAGUGUGGUGGUUUGGUUUUGCAUCCUGCGCAGAAGAGGCUGAUCAAGGCAGCGGUACGAUGCGCACUCCCUGCCUCCAGCUGCAGUGAUUCCAGGCAGACCAUUGAAAUGCCUCUUGUGCCCUGGUCAGGGACAGCUCUCCAAAGCAAGCUGCCCCUUGUAGUAGAGUGGUGCGGCGCAGCAUACCUCGUCCUGCUGCUCUGCUGUGCUGGGCUUCCUCACCCUCCUGCUUGUGCCAAUGCAAGGGCUCUGGGGAACUGCUGCUCGAAAUGGCCUCUGUUGCACUGAAGGCGAUGUGGUCUCUCUCAGUUCCCUUGCAGCCCACAAGGCUGUGUGGUGUCUGAGCCUUGAUGAGAACGGCUUUUCUUCUGAGUGGAGGCCUUUUCAGGGAUCAUCUCUCUUUUUCCAGUGAGUUUCUUCUGUGUAAAUGACUCUGUGAGACUCGGUGACUGAUUUUGAAGUACUGAGUGAGGAGAGGGGACAACUUGCAGCUGUGCUGCAAUGCCCAGGGGAUGCACCCACACGCACUGCUGGCUGUUCUGGCCUUCCUUUGCUUGAACUUGGACCUCUAGAAAGAAUAAAAGCCUUGCCAAUUGAGUGGAGAAGGAUCUUAGGAAUGCAUGUAACAUAUUUUUUUCUCAGAGAGAAAAGCCAGGGAAAACGUUGACACGAGCUUGUGAGAAACAACGUUUGGUGCUCAGUGCGCUUCCCUCAGGUGAUCUUCCUUGCCCGGGAGGGACAGGAUAAACAGGACAGCAAGUUGAACUGCUACACGAAACCUAAAGCUGGCUGCAGCUAUGGAAAUCCCCAUGUGUGAAACAAACAAGACUCUUCUUGGAGGUGUCGCUGCACAGCGGUAUACAGGUACAGCAGUCUGCAUCAUCGCAUCAUCCAUAAUCCUCUACUACCAAUGUGUGUUUGCCACGGACAGAGUUCUUUGUGAAUAACUGAGUGGAGGGCAGAGAAUGUAGAGGCUGGUAUCAGCCACGUUCUGCUGUGCAAGGUGCUGUGAGGCAUGUUCUUCCUGGACUGCUGUAGGAUUGCUGGAGAGAAUUCUGUAACCCAUCCACCAGAUCAGUUUGAGAAGGAAAUGCAUUUACUGUACACUGGAGAAGCUGGAUGAAGAAGAGAUGUGGAAAAAGCCAGAAGACAACUAAGUCUGGCAGGAGACAGAGCUCCAGCCUCUGCUAACUACGGAUCUGAAGACAGGCAUGAGAGCAGAUAAGAGGCGUUGACAGAGCGCAUGGGCCUGUGGCACGCUGCCCGUCAGGUUGUCUUGGCUAUUUUGCUGGACCAUCCCUGUAAGGCUGCUCUGCCCUGCUCCUCUCUGCCUCCAGCAGUGCUAUUAAGGGAAGGAGGGAGCUGUGAAUUCCUGCAGUCUCUGGGAGCGGAGCAAAGCGAAGCCGAACUCCCGUUUCCAUGUCGCUGCGGGACUCCCGGUAAAUAUCCGUCCGUCCGCUGCGGGUGAUGCGAAGGACGCUCGCGCGAGGCGCCGUGCCGCUCCGUAACACAUAGCACCCACUGGCGGGCGGGCACGCGCGCACCGAGAGAAGGACGAAAAGGAAGCGCCGACUUUCCGACCGCCGCUUUCCGAACGGAGAAGCCUUCCCCGGCAGAGCCCUUCCUUCUGCCUCCCGCCCCGCCGCCGUAGGCAUGUUCCCGAGGCGCUCCGCACCGCGGGGAGCUCCCGUUUUCCGCCCGGCGGCCGCAGAGGAGCAGCAGCAGCGCGGUUCGGAGUAACUCCAAGUGAUGCGGGGACCACAGCCCGAGAGCAGCACGCGCUCCCGCAGACGCCAGCCCCGCCGCACUCAGGUCGACCAUGGUUGCCGCCACCCGCUCCCUCCUGGCGCUGCUGCUCUGCCGGGUGCUGCUGGGCGGCGCGGCCGGCCUCAUGCCGGAGGUGGGACGGCGGCGCUUCAGCGAACCGGGCCGCGCCGCCUCGGCCGCGCAGCGCCCCGAGGACCUCCUGGGCGAGUUCGAGCUGCGCCUGCUCCACAUGUUCGGGCUGAAGCGGCGGCCGAGCCCCGGCAAGGACGUCGUCAUCCCCCCCUACAUGUUGGACCUCUAUCGCCUGCACGCCGGCCAGCAGCUGGGCUACCCGCUGGAGAGGGCCGCCAGCCGCGCCAACACCGUGCGCAGCUUCCACCACGAAGAAGUUUUGGAAGAACUGCCAGAAACAAGUGGGAAAACAGCACGACGUUUCUUCUUUAAUUUAACUUCCAUCCCUAAUGAGGAGUCUGUCACCUCAGCUGAACUCCAGAUUUUUCGGGAGCAGGUGCACGAAGCCUUUGAGAGCAACAGCAGCUACCAUCACCGUAUUAAUAUUUAUGAAAUUAUGAAGCCAGCCACAGCCACCUCCAAGGACCCUGUCACGAGACUUUUGGACACCAGGUUGGUGCAUCAUAAUGCAAGUAAAUGGGAAAGUUUUGAUGUAACGCCAGCUGUUUUGAGGUGGAUUGCACACGGACAACCUAACCAUGGGUUUGUGGUGGAGGUGGUUCACUUGGACAAAGAGAACAGUGCCUCCAAGAGGCACGUUAGGAUUAGCAGGUCUUUACAUCAGGAUGAAGAUAGCUGGUCUCAGCUCAGGCCGUUGUUAGUGACGUUUGGGCAUGAUGGCAAGGGACACCCGCUCCACAAAAGAGAAAAGCGUCAAGCGAAACACAAACAGCGUAAGCGCCACAAAUACAGUUGCAAAAGGCAUCCGUUGUAUGUGGACUUCAAUGACGUGGGGUGGAAUGACUGGAUUGUUGCCCCGCCGGGGUACAGUGCCUUUUACUGCCAUGGGGAAUGUCCUUUUCCGCUGGCAGAUCACCUAAACUCAACAAACCAUGCCAUUGUUCAGACUUUGGUCAAUUCGGUGAAUUCCAAAAUCCCCAAGGCUUGCUGUGUGCCGACAGAACUGAGUGCUAUCUCAAUGCUCUACCUUGACGAGAACGAAAAGGUCGUACUAAAGAACUAUCAAGAUAUGGUUGUGGAGGGCUGCGGGUGCCGCUGACACCGCGAGUGUAUCGGACAAAUGCAAAAGAAAAAGCUGACACUUUAAUAUUUCCCAAUGAAGACUUUAUUUAUGUAAUGAAAUGGAAAGAAAAAAAAAAACACAACUAUUUUGAAAAUAUAUUUAUGUCUACGGAAAGGUUGGGAAAACAAAUAUUUUAAUCAGAGAAAUAUUCCUUUAAAGAUUUUAAAUGUAUUUUAGUUGUACAUUUUAUAUGGGUUUAACCCCCAGCACAUGAAGUAUAAUGGUCAGAUUCUUAUUUUGUAUUUAUUUACUAUUAUAACCACUUUUUAGAAGAAUAGCUAAUUUGUAUUUAUAUGUAAUCAAAAAGAAAAAAAAAUAUAGGGUUUGUACAUAAUUUUCCAAGAUUGUAGCUGUUUCAAUCGCGUGUAUUUAAGUUGAAGAGAAGACACGGAAGGUUACUAUGGCAAAGUGCAUAGCACAUUUGCUUUCUGCAGUGCUACUGUUAAGGUCACAAGUUCAAGUCCAGAAAAAAGUGGAUAAUCCACUCUGCUGACUUUCAAGAUUAUUAUAUUGUACAAUUCUCAGGAAUGCUGCAGGGUGGGCUGUCCAAUCCAUGAGAACUGGCAUCCUCCUUAGGUGGAACAUUUGGAUAAGAACCAGACGUUGCUGAUCUCGUAUAAAUACUACUAUUCUUGACUAAUUUGCAGAGUGACUAUAAGAGAGGCCAAUAGAAAUCCCGGGGGAGGUGGGGGUGGAGGAAGACCAAAUCCUUUCUAGACCUACAGAAAAGCGAAUGUUUGUUUCCUUUAAAAGUCCUUCCUUUAAAAGUCCUGGCCAAAUAUAAAAUAAUAAAAACUCAAAUGUCA